AUGAAACACUGGAACCUUUCUCCAUCCCAAGCCCAGUUCUAUGGUAAUCAGGUUUGCCAACCACAGUUUCAUGAUGGGAAAUGCAGUGAGUCAGGUUAUCGGAAAAUCUUUGCUGUUUUGGUGAUGAUGAGACGAUCGGGAGACAUUGUUGGCUUUGUUGAGCAGAAGAUAUGUGAUGGGCACCUCCCCCUAGAAGCUGUGGUGCUUGAUGAUGUUCAGCUGGAAGUCCGACUGCAGGGAAAAACAAACAAAAAGUUGGACUUUCUCAGCCAUUGGGACGAAGACCUCAGACACGAAGAUUUCGAAAGGCUCCAGUGGAUGAUGCUGCCACCUUCCUUUGUCAAAGAAAGGGGCAAGCCUGCUCGAUUGUAUGAGCUCCCCAAGAAAGUAAUAAUGCCUUGGCUUUCAGAGGAGCGUGGGUAUGAUGGGGGUUACAGCUGGGUCACGAAAGUCCAAAUUCACCCACAGCACUACGAUUUCAAAGAGUUCGAAAGUCAUAUCAUAAGCGAUAAUACUUUCGCUGUUAAACACCUGAAGCACCUGAAGGUCCCCUCAGCGGAUGACGCAAGCAAUCCCAGUCGGAGCAUAUUCACAAGCAAAACUGGAAAGACGGAACUACCGGAGACCGUGAUGUCCACAAGCGGCACAUACAGCCUCGACAACCUCGACAUCAAAAAAGAGUUCGAACACGAAAUCGAGAUCUUAAACCGUCUCAGCUGCAAUCCCCACCCUCAUCUCAUCACUUUGCUUGCUGCAUAUCAGCUCGGCGACGAGUGUUGCAUGAUCUUCCCUUGGGCCGAUUGUGAUCUCCAGAGCAUGUGGGCGACCAUGCCAAAUCCGUCACCUGCACUUGCGAAGAGCAACCUGCAGUGGGUGCUCAGUCAGUGCCUCGGUCUGGCCCAGGGGCUUCAUCAGAUUCACCAGUCGAAACCUACCCCAACUCCCGGUGGAAUGACCCCAGGAAUAGCUGAGACAACAGUGUACGGCAGGCACGGAGAUAUAAAGCCGAAGAAUAUUCUCUAUUUCGCCAAUAAGAAAGACCCAGGAAAGCGCGGGGGCCUGGUGAUUACCGACUUUGGACUGACACGUUUUCACGUCAACGAAACGAAAACGUAUGUACGUGGCGAUGCAGUCCCCGUCACACCAACAUAUCGCCCACCGGAGUUUGACAUACAUAACUCUCCUAUAUCUCAGUCGUUUGAUAUCUGGUCGUUUGGAUGCGUAUUACUGGAGUUCAUCGCUUGGUAUCUCGGCGGUUGGGAUCUUGUUCGGACGUUCGUGACGAGACGAAAGCUCAUCAACCCAUUGAUGAAUAAUUGGCAGACUGACCAAUUCUUUGAGAUUCUCCAAGAGAGUCCAGAGAAUGGCCAUGAACAGAUAGUUUCAGCGCGUGUGAAGAGAGAGGUAUAUCAAUUUGUCAACGACCUUCACUCUCACUCUUCUUGCUCAGAAAGUAUACACGGUCUUCUCGAGUUUAUCAUGAGCAAAAUGGUGGUCAUAGAAUUGAAGUUGCAACACAAACUCCAAAAUACCUCACCAGUCAAACACCAACACAUACGAGCCACCUCUGGUGAAAUUGUAGAGUUCCUACAGGGCCUUUGCAAAAGCCUGGACUCUUUACCAGACUCGUUGGUGGCGACUCCUCGCGCAGCACAGGAGGCAGAGAUACCCGUCUCGAUCGAGGUUCCAGGCUACCCAGUGGGGACAAGAUAUGCCGAUCUACCCAUGAAUUCUGGGAAAAUCAUCAAGAUUGCAGACUUGGGUACAGCAGCUGGGUCGGAAGUUGUGGAAUAA